AUGGUGUUGGACAAACUUCGCGCCAAGUUCCAUUUGCGCAAAGAGCUGCUUCGUGCCGCGCUCGCCGAGUUCAGUGGAACCUUCUUGCUCGUCGUGAGUCUAAUAAGCAUCACUAACAUGUGUCCCCGGGGGGAGCGAAACAGCGCCACCCAGCAGCAGCAGAGACUAAUUCAUAUGCAAUUAGGUCCGAUUCGGAACAUCUGGCUGCUCGUUGUGCUCUUUGCUGCUCAGGAUUAGAAUCCGCCAGCUUCUGGUCCCUUUCGAAACGACGACGGUCAGGUGGGAGAGGCACGCGAGCGAGUAGAUCAAAAUAGUGAUUAGUGGGAGUGAGCGAGUGAGAGCCGCGAGCAGAUGCCCCGGGGGACAGGCACUUGUUUGCGACAUUUGACAAGCGCUGAGCCAACGAGCCGACGUCUUCUUUCCAGCUCAUCGGCCUUUCUGUCGUUGCACAGAAGGUGCUCCCCCGACCGGAAGUCAACGAGUUCAUCGGAGUCAACGUCGGAUUCGGAAUCGCAAUCGUUUUCGGAGUGGCUGUUUCGGCCAAAGUGUCUGGUAUGUGUGUUGAGAGUGAAUUGAGAGAGCGUGCAAAAUGAGAAAUGGAAGUGACUACUACCACACAGUCGCCGAUUUAUGGGCAUUGCGUGAGAGAAGUAAACAAUCGGCCAUUUUUCAGGAGGACACAUCAACCCAGCCGUCUCCCUCGCUUUCCUCUCCAUCGGACAAAUCACCAUUGUUCAGUUCAUCGCUUACUUCUUCGCCCAGUUCUUCGGAGCCUUCCUCGGAGCCGCUGUUGUCUACGUAGUCUACAAUGACGCCAUCAACGCGUUCGACGGAGGAGUCCGUACCAUCGGAGGAGCAAAGGACACCGCCGGAAUCUUCGCUUCUUACCCGGCUCCGCAUCUCGGCCUCGUCAACGGAUUCUUCGACCAGUUCAUCGCCACCGCCGUCUUCGUCUUCCUGAUCGCUCACAUCGUUGACAAGCGCAACGCGUACCCAACCUGGCUCCAGCCAAUUCUCGUUGGAACUGCCUUCGUCGGAAUCGGAGCUGCCUUCGGAUACAACUGCGGAUACCCGGUCAACCCGGCCCGUGACUUCGGACCACGUCUCUUCACCGCCAUCUUCUACGGAUCCGGAGUUUUCACGUGAGUAAUCGGCCUCAAAGAGGCAACUGUCGGAAGGAUUCGGGCGGCAAUAAACUCAUUUUCGCGGUCACAUUCUCUGCCCGAAGGUCUCCCUCUUCCUUCUCCUCUUGCCGUCCGAAUGAUCGGCGCACCGUAAUGCGGUCUGUCCGAAUUGUUUCAUCGGGUGGGGGAGGCCUGACGGACAGGUAAACAACAACCGCAUUUCUGCCAAUUCGGCCGGCGACGUCGAUGCCAUGAAUUCUGGGCGCAACGUGAAAAGUAAACAUGCGAUUUCCUAAGGAAGUCGGGUACUCGAUUUCGUGCCAACCUGCCAGCCAACCUUGUUUUCGUCCGAUCACCCGCUCAACACAUGGAAGGAGGGGAAAUGAAAACAGAGUCAUAAAAUGGGGUUGUUUUGAGGGAGAAAGAGGGCGAAAACAUGUACGCACAAACAGCUUUCAAGGCGACCCAAAAUACGAAUUUAAAUUAAAAGCAAAUAGGAAAUUGUGUGCGGUUUGCAGCAAGUGGUUCUGGGUGCCAAUCGUCGGACCCUUCGUCGGAGCCGUCGUCGGAAUCUGGUUCUACUACUUCUUCAUCGGAUUCCACACCCCACAAGACGCCGAGGAGAAGUACGUCGUGCUCACCGGAAACCAGGAACUCAAGCCGCUCACCGCCAAGGAGUAAGUUUCCCUCCGCAAGUCUUUCAGAAUAAUCUCAGUUUCAGCUCUGCCUAAACUGGUUCAAAACCGUAAGAUUUUGAGUUUGCCCAUUCGUAGAGCAUGUCUUGCUUAUCCACUUAGUCAUAGAAUAGAUUGACCAUCCAUCAUUCAUGACUACAGUAAUCCUUCGUUCUUUCAGCGCCGAAGAGGCUGCCUAA